AUGUUAUGAAACCAUAGAAACCAAGUGUUGAUAAACUUACGUGUCUUUCAUUGAAUUGAUUACUCAAUACAUCACUAAAUGAAGUGAAAAGUGGUUUCAUUGGAUUCAUUAAGUGAUAAUUGUUUGGUCAUUGAUGUCACAAGAGAUGUCGGUUUUGAGUCAUUUGUUGGCGAGGGUUAACUUUCCGAUAUAUAGUGUACGGACACUAUCGGAGCGACAUAUUUUGGUGGCCGGCGGAGGUGGUCCGUCCAAGACUGGUGUGGCCAACAAUCUUGAUGUCUAUGAACUGGUUUACGACAGUCACAGCAACUCAUGUAAAGCCAGGCUUAUCACACAUUACGACACCGGUUCGCGGGCUGUCAUGAAUAUGUGUGUCGUCCCGAAAGACAAUUAUUGUUAUCAACUGUUUUGCGGUGGUAUGGAUGGACUCUGCACUCAAUACGACCUCAAACUCAAUGUCGAGAGCAGACGCAGAGAGAGCUCUUCAUCUCCCACUAGAAGAGAGAGGUCUUAUUCAGAAGUAUCACUUCGUAGACGACGACUUAGCUCGAGAUCUGAAUCAUUAGAUAAAGAAAAUGAUAUCAACGCUAGUAAUAGUCAAACUCAAGAUGCAGAACAACCAGUGAUAAGACAACAUUCCCGCAAAGAUUCAAAGCCUAAGAUGUCUGACGAGACAAAUGGUGUCCCAGACUUUACAUUUGAUAUAAAACAGCAAAAGUUUUUUAAAACAGAUUUCAAUAGCAAUGUUGAGGAAUCUUUUCAAAAAAUUGUAAAAUUUUCUUCUGAGGGUAAUAUGUUGAUAACAGGAGGAUCUGAUGGUCACAUAAGACUUUGGUCGUUACCAAAAUUGACUCAAAUUCUUGUCAUCAAAGCUCAUACUAACGAAGUCGACGAUUUGGACAUCAAUAGCAACGGAACACAAAUUGUUAGCGUUUCUCGCGAUUCAAAGGGCUUUAUAUGGAAUACAAGCGAUGGAAAACUGAAGACAGAACUUAUCUAUGAAUUACCUAAAGAUAAAAGUACUGAAAACGGCAAAAACGGUGUCGUUUUAAAUAAAUAUAUUUAUAGGGGCUGUAGGUAUGUCCCCAUUCAAGGUGAUACAAAUAAUUAUAGUUUAGUCACAAUAAUGAAUCCAUUGAUUCACUCAAAACCUGCCAAAAGUUCAUAUAUUUGUAAAUGGAGUACACAAUCAUAUAAACCGGAACUAAUGGUUAGUGCUGGCAAUGAGAGUCUUUCAACAAUAUCUGUUAGUGAUGAUGGUCGAUUUAUAGGUGUGGGUACAUUAACUGGUUCUGUAGAUGUUUAUAUAGCAUUUAGUUUGCAAAGGGUCUACCAUUUAUCGGCCGCACACAACAUAUUUGUUACCGCAGUUGAGUUUUUGAAGUCAACUGAAGCCACACAACAGCUAACUGGUGGUAACGAAGCCUCACUCGUCAGCGUUUCUGUUGAUAAUCAUAUUGUUGUCCAUCACAUUCCCAAAAGAGCAACUCUUGGAUUUUUAGGAUCCACUGCUUUCUUCAUCAUUUUUAUGUUAAUUAUUUAUAUUUUAAUGAGUUAUUUGGGAAUUUAAAUUAAACUAAUUUUUAUUUAUACAAU